AUGGAAAGUAAAAUUAUUACGGCCAUUUUUUGUAUAUUUUUUGUGAAAUGUGUAUGUGUUGAAUCUUUUUGCCCGUCUCAAUGCCAGUGUUCCAAUAUUUCUGCUAUCUGCCGUCCAGUAAUAAGCAGAUUCCCGUCUGCUCUACCAGCAGAAAUUAACAAUUUACACCUAAGCGGUACUUUUACCUCUAAAAACAAUUUACCAUCUAUUGAACGUGCUUCGUUUUCGUCUUUACUGAAUUUGGAAAGGCUUUAUAUUGCUUUUAGCAAUGUGGAAUCCAUUGCAGAUGGCUCUUUACCGUCAUCAUUGAUUACACUGGACCUUUCCUCCGAUAAACUUGGUGAAAUUUCGGAAAACACAUUUAAAGGAUUGAGAUUGCUUAAAACAUUGCAUUUGUCUGGAAAUAACGGAACUGAAAUAGCUCUCUCGGCUUUCAAGGAUUUGACCCAUCUGACAGAACUAUACCUCGCAGAAAUGGGUUUGACAAAGCUGGAUAAACGCCUGCUUAAUCCUUUAGGUAUGUUGAAGACUUUAGAUCUUCACGGAAACAAUAUCAAACGCAUAGAUUGGAGUUUUACCACGACCAGUAAUAACCUAGCGUACAUAGAUAUAUCUGGGAAUUUGUUCACCGAACUAUCAAAUUCAAGCAUGUUACCAUUGCCUAAACUUAAAACUCUGCGUUUAGACAGUAAUGAAUGGCAUUGCAGUUGAGCUUUAGAAUGGGUAAAAGUACUUCCAAGUCCGAUGCCAGAAUCUGUAGUAUGUACCUCACCAAAGUCUUUGCAGUAUUAUUCAAUUGUGAAUGCUCCAUCUUCACAGUUAAUAUGUGUACCUGCAUCUGUUAGCUGUACAUCAUCUUCGUUUACCGGUAAAUAUCACACUCAGCUGGAGAUUUCAUGCACAUUUGGAGGGGAUCCUUUUCCAGAUAUCAUCUUUACAAGACCGGAUGGAACAGCACUGAAAUAUUAUAACUACAAUGAAACAAAUUAUGUCGUGUCUGAAACCGGUGUCCUUACAAUAAAGUCUCUGGAUGUUGUGGACGAUGGAAAAUGGACGCUAAAGGCCAAUAACGUGAAAAAAGAGAACGAUGUGAGUCUGACUGUGACUGUGACCGACAUCCCGACAACCACCACAACAACCACAACAACUCCCACUACCACCAUUCCUACCACCACCACCACCACUCCUACAACGACCACCACUACCACUACAACUACCACUACUACUAAAACCACCACUCCUACCACCACAUUUGCCACUCCUACCAACACCACAGAACUGUCUACGUCUAUUACAACUACAACCACCUUUUCUGCAGCAACAAAUACAAGACAACAAAAUGAAGCUGUCAACAAGACUAAACCGAUGGAUAUAAAUAACAUUAUUUACGGGUUGAUAGGAGUGGUCUUAGGAUGUUCUGUUUUUAUUCUGAUAAUCUGUUUCAAAAUGUACUACUGCACAAAAAAGAAAGAAAGAUCUAACGAAAAUCAAACCCUUGUUGAAAAUAUCAGGAUGUGGAUUUCCAGAAAGUUUCAAAGAGUACACAACAUUAACUUCACCGGAAAUUGA